CUAACUUUAAAUUUUAAAACUUUAAAUUUAUUUUUGAAUGUUUUUUAACUUUAAAAAAAAAAAAAUUUAAAGGUCCCAAGUUCCGAUGACCCGAUGACUCAAUGACUACCGCAGUCCUUAUGCAUCCCAGAUUACGUGAAGCAUAACAUCAUUGUUAUUAUUUUUUAUAUAGUGCCGGUUUAUAGCAGGUUUUUUUUUUUUUAAAGUUUGUCCGAUAUACCAUAAACCAAUGUUUGGAUUUGGUUGGAUGUUGGAUUACUUUGGUUGGAUUCCCGAUUUCUUUAAUGUUAAUUAUGUUUUUUUUGGUUGUUUAAUUGAAUUGAAUUUACUUUUAAUUUUAAUUGAAUUGAAUUUAAUUGAAUUUACUUUAAUUGAAUUUGUUUUUAAUUGA